AUGGCGACACGUCCUCUGUUCCUCGGCCUGGCCUCAGCUGCCAGAUCUGGAGUCUUGACUCUUCCACGCCGUACUCCCGCUCGACGAUGUCUCUGCGUAUCUGCGGCCAGACCUGCAUCCACGGUGGCGACUUCAACACCCACUUCGAGCAGCAUGGUCAAUCAGAUUCCUCCCUCCCCCGCUGGACCUGCUCAAGCCGACGACGUAAAUGAGACCAAACACUCGGCAUUCCUCGGCGAAGCGGACAGCAACGAUGGCCACGAGGCCUUCCGGGACACAUAUGGCCGUCGCCAACCGGCCUUAGAAGCCGACAACGCUGCAUUUUUGGGUGAAGCUGAUUCUGACGAUGCUUUUGAAGUACAGAGAGCCGCAGAGGGAGACAAACAUGAAAGCAUGGACGCACAGAAUGCCGCAUUUUUGGGCGAAGCCGACUCGGACGAUGGUUUCGAAGCGCUUCGAGCUGCAGAAGGAGAUAAGAGGGAGAGUUUGGAUGCUCACAACGCGGCAUUCUUGGGUGAGGCCGAUAGUGACGACGGAUUCGAGGCAGACAUCGAGGUGCAUCCGGAGAAACAUCGUCACACGAUUGAAGACACGCGAACCAGUGGCUUCCACGGGGAGAGUGGACAACACGACCAGUAA